AUGGCUGGAUUAAUAAGCUUUAAAGAUGUUUUUAAAAUUGAUAAAGAAAAAUUAUCUUUUAUCACUGAGGAUGAUAUGAGAUUUGCUUGGCAUUAUAUAACUUUAUUUUAUAAUAACGAACCUUGUUCUUUGGAUGAAGAAGCUUAUACGAUUAAUAUUGAUAAAAAUGUGUUGUUUAAUGAUAACAGGAUUGAAGAAAUCGAAGUAGAAAAUGAUGGUAUUAGAGAUUAUUACAAGUUAAAAGAUGAUGUUGGUCACUAUUUUAUUUUAUAUAAUAAUAGUGUAAUUAAACAUAUCGGCACAUAUAAUUAUUUUGAUUAUUAUGAUAUAGAAGAUAACAUUUCUGAAAAAAUUUUUAUUAAAAAUGUAUAA